CAGUUCAAAACAGCCAUUCAGUACCAUCAACGUCAUCUAGAAAUUGCCAAAGAGGUGGGAGACAAGGUCGGAGAGGGAAUCAGUUAUGGCAAUCUCGGCAACGCUUAUAGAGGUCUAGGAGAAUUCAAAACAGCCAUCCAGUACCAUCAACGUCAUCUAGAAAUUGCUAAAGAGGUGGGAUACAAGGCCGGAGAGGGAAUCAGUUAUUGCAAUCUCGGCAACGCUUAUCAAAGCCUAGGACAGUUCAAAACAGCCAUUCAGUACCAACAACGUCAUCUAGAAAUUACUAAAGAGGUGGGAGACAAGCCCGGAGAGGGAAUCAGUCAUUGCAAUCUCGGCAACGCUUAUAGAGUUCUAGGAGAGUUCAAAACAGCCAUCCAGUACCAUCAACGUCAUCUAGAAAUUGCUAAAGAGGUGGGAGACAAGGCCGGAGAGGGAAUCAGUUAUUGCAAUCUCGGCAACGCUUAUAGAGGUCUAGGAGAGUUCAAAACAGCCAUCCAGUACCAUCAACGUCAUCUGGAAAUUGCUAAAGAAAUGGGAGACAAGGCCGGAGAGAGUAUCAGUUAUGGCAAUCUCAGCAAUGCUUAUCACAGUCUAGGACAGUUCAAAACAGCCAUCCAGUAUUAUCAACGCCAUCUAGAAAUUGCUAAAGAAGUGGGAGACAAGGCCGGAGAGGGAAUCAGUUAUCGCAAUCUUGCGAACGCUUAUCGCAGUCUAGGACAGUUCAAAACAGCCAUCCAGUACUAUCAACGUCAUCUAGAAAUUACUAAAGAGGUUGGAGACAAAGCCGGAGAGGGAAGAAGUUAUGGCAAUCUCGGCAAAGCCUAUCACAGUCUAGGACAGUUCAAAGAAGCCAUCCAGUACCAUCAACGUCAUCUAGAAACUGCUAAAGAAGUGGGAGACAAGGCUGGAGAGGGAAGAAGUUAUGGCAAUCUCGGUAACGCAUUUCACAGCCUGGGACAGUUCAAAACAGCCAUUCAGUACCAUCAACGUCAUCUAGAAAUUGCUAAAGAAGUGGGAGACAAGGCCGGAGAGGGAAUCAGUUAUUGCAAUCUCGGCAACGCCUAUCACAGUCAAGGACAGUUCAAAACAGCCAUCCAGUACUAUCAAAGACAUCUUGAAAUUGCUAAAGAAGUGGGAGACAAAGCCGGAGAGGGGAAAAGUUAUUGCAAUCUCGGCAACGCUUAUCACAGUCUAGGAGGGUUCAAAACAGCCAUCCAGUACUAUCAACGUCAUCAAGAAAUUGUUAAAGAAGUGGGAGACAAGGCCGGAGAGGGAAUCAGUCAUGGCAAUCUUGGCAACACUUAUGACAGUCCAGGAGAGUUUAAAACAGCUAUUCAGUACCAUCAACGUCAUCUAGAAAUUGCUAAAGAGGUGGGAGACAAGGCCGGAGAGGGAACCAGUUAUGGCAAUCUCGGUAACGCCUUUCACAGCCUAGGAGAGUUCAAAACAGCCAUCCAGUACCAUCAACGUCAUCUAGAAAUUGCUAAAGAAGUGGGAGACAAGGCCGGAGAGGGA